CCGACCAACAUGCGAGGAAUUCGGUUGCUAAAGGAACUACCAAACUCCCGGAAGGAAGGAUCCACAUUGACCACAGGAGCUGGCCAGAGGAACAAGCGGCAAGUGGGAGUUUCCGCCAUCGCCAUCGAGCCCUCUACUCAACGAAAUGCGAGCCCACUAGAUCCCGUUCAAACUCUCCAAAAGCGAGAAGAAGAAGAAGGAGAAGGAGGAGUCAACCGUACACUUGUAACAGCGCUUGCUGCCCUCCUAAUCGUCAUACUUCUCCUGGCCCUCGUCGUAGGCGGAAUCUACUACCUCCGCAAACACACACGCUCCAAAGUCCGCGAAAUCGAACUUAAGCCCUCCGCAUCCCGAGCUGGUGACCGCGAAUCCUCCAUCCGCUCCUCCACCGCCAGCAGCGAUGGGUUCGCCUCAAAAGACACCAACACCCCUGGCAUCACCCUCCACAAAUCCCCCGCCAAUUCCUCAACAUCACUCAAACGCGGCAGUAGUAGCACCGUCGACGAAGAGUCUUCCAUAGGCAUGUCUCGCGACCAUCUGCAGACACUCCGCUACGAAGCUGGGAGCCCCUCCCCGAGUAUUGCAAGCGUAAGCAGUACUGCGCCUCUCGUUAGCGGCUCAGAGCGCCCCCACGACCAACAUCAUCUACAUCAACAGCAGUACAGCGCACAACAACCUUUUGCAGCUGCAGGCCACAAACGUCGAAUAUCCACCCAGCGCCGUUUAUCCGUACAAACAACUUUCCGCAGCUUGAUGGUUGAGCAUAGCUCUGGGUCUCCUCUCUCGAGCUCCACGGUGCUCGAGGCGUACGAUAAUAGUCAGGCUGCCAGGGCGUCGCCUGUGGCGAAGUCGCCACUCAAAUCGCCCGGGUUCUAUAAGACACCCAGGAAUAUGGAUUGA